UUCGGCGGCUCAAUUUCACACAUUUGUCACAAGUUCUGUCGCCUUCGGUGUAUCGUUCCUUUACUUUUUUUGCUUUAUACUUGCUUAAAAGUAUCGAUUUAAAUACCUGGACAGAAAAUGGGUGACGAAUGCGUUGUUCUUCUGGAAAGGGUCCUCGCUGAAAACAAUCGUCUUAGAGAGGCAAUGGAAGAAAGAGAUGCCGAAAACCAACGUCUUCUCAAAAAGCUUUGUUCAAAGCUUGAUGGCGAAAACGCUGAUCCUGUCAUGCCGCGGACAAAAAACAACAGGAAAAGAACCAGGAACGUCAUUAUUACUCAACAGUGUCGAGUAAGUAUUUACAUUAUUCCUGAGUAUGUAAAAAUCCAUACGGUGGCUUCGACCAUGCAAGCGCAAGUUUACUAUCCAAAUAGACCAAAUGCGAUCUCAGUUUCGUGAGCUUAAAAAGCGAACUAAAGCUCAGUGAGACUGCUCAGUAGGGUGAUUUCUUCAUGAAACGUGAAGUGGUUGUUCUCUUUUCUAUCUCUUAAUACUUCGAUCGAUGAUAUUUAAAGAAUGUAGAGGAUUGGUAAAAAUUUUACUUUCAACGUAAGGAUUGCAUUGAACAUGCGCAGUAAACCAGUUGUUUUGCUGCCAUUUUGAAAUUCUCUGGUGGUCGGUACCUCAUGUAAGCCCUACGUAUAAUGUGCUGAGACAUAUAAGGCCCCACAUGUCGAAGUUGUGACGGAUACGAUACUCUUACACUGAUUAUAGUUAGUUGCCAUUGUUAAUGUAGUUGUGUAAUUAUUGUAUUUACAUAAGAAAACUCGCUGCAGUGCUAGUUUUAUACUGGGGUGACUUCUUGAUUUGAUAUUGUGUUAACAUGUUACAUGUACCUAGCAUGUUUCUUUUGUCAUACCUUGACCAACAUGAUGUAGCCUGUGAAUGGCAGACGUUUCUCCUCCCUCAUCGCCACUAAUGGACGUUUCAUGAGGAGGAACGUCUGCGACUCAGCGGCAGAAAUUCCAUACUGAUGAUGUAAAUCAAUGUUUACAUAAUAAAUCCAGUAGUCAUGGGGUUCCAAAUGGGUUUCUCCUGGUCGAUUUUGGUAACGUGUUGUGUUGAUCUGCGAACAAGUCAGGAGUCUGAUAUAAUAUGUAUCGCCUCUUGCACUCCUGUUUUAUAUUUAGAUUCUCCCGAUUUAUCAUGAAAAUCUGAAGACAAGGAAAAAAAUUUCUUAUCUUUUUAGUAUUUUUUGCUGAAUGUGAAACAUUACAUAUUAGACUUUCCUAUCCUAUAAUGUCUCACCAAGUCUCUCCAUUGAAGACCACCGCAGUGUCAAAUGCAGUUAAUGUUGCUUAAGACAAAUUAAAUUUGCCAAAUUUCCCUCAGACCUUUGCCACUGGCUCACAUGUAAGGCACUUGUGUGGGCACCUUUGGUGCUUCAAAUGGGGUUGAAAUCUCUGCCUCUGUUUUGUCAAGUACAAGUUUAUUAAAGAUAAGCAACCUUUUAAUCAUUUUAAAUUUUUUUCCCUGUUUUCUCUGUUACAUAAUCAUUGUAGCAAGAUUUUAGAAAGAUGUACAAGAUUCUUGCUGGAAAUGGCACUUUUCAAGGCUUUGUAGUGAGUGAAAGGUAUAGUUAACUGUAAUUUGUAAAGUAUACUGUCAAGAGUGAUAUUUUUGUUAAUAAUGGGUUGGUUAUACAUAAAGCAUUAUGAAAUCAACAACGGUUAAAGCGUCAACUUGAACAUAGUUUUCCCAUCAUAAAACAACUUCCAUUUCACUUCACACCACAGCAGAUUCAAUAAUAAAACAAAACAGGUAACAUUUUAUCUCUUAUUUAAUUUCCAUUUGCAGUUUACAAAUAAGAGCGUGAGUUCCCUAUGUUAUUGUGAAGAAAGAGAUGCAAGCCCCUUUGUUCUAUUUGGGUGAAAAUAAAGGCAAAUUUCAAAUUAUCAAAAUACAUUCUGUGCUGAGGGGAAUACUCAGUAAUGUGCAUUCUUAAAUGUUUUUUUUUCAUGGCCAGCCAAAAAUCUCUUGGAAAUUUCUUGUGUUUUAAUUUUUUCAAAAACAGAACUUAAAUAUCAAAAAUUUUGUUAUAGUUCUGAUUAAAAAUAAUAUGAUAAAUAUUGGUAACUGAACUUUGCGCAGUCCAAUUCAGUCUGUAAUCAUAUGAGUGAUUAACAAAAUCAGACUCCUGCUACGCAAUCGUCCGAUUUUGUUAACCACUUGUGUUAUUACAGAUCGAAUUGGACCCCUCUCAGUCAUAUUAUCAUCAUGAAUACCAUUUAAAUAAGUGAUUUCUGCAUAUAGAGUUAAUUCCAUUUAUUCUUAUCCCAGAAUUGGGUCACAUGAUCACACCAUACAGUUCAAUUAUGAUGGGAAUGUUUCUCUUAUUUGACACAAUUUAGUUUUACAGCAGAGGAAAAUCAAACUGUGACCAAAACAGUAAUCGAUGCAGUGUUAGCUGAUCAUGGUGGAGACAAAUGCCCCUGGUCUGCAGCUGAAUUAAGAGGUACAUUGACUGCAACACAUGGUUUCAUAAUUGCAGCUCUUGUUUAAUGCUUAACUGUAAGCAACUUACUUUGCAUCCACACCACACUUUUUCUUCCACUUAUUCAGCAAACAAUAAUGUAACUAACAAAAACACUUUGACUCAAUAAGUUGCAUACAACUGUACAGUGUUGUUACUUUUCUAGACCAAGCCCAUGUCGCCAAUACCUAUUGUCCAUAAUUAUGUGUAACCUUUUUCAUUAUUAGUCACAUACACUAAUUCCAGCAAAUGCUUUGUUAUUGUGUCAAUUCUGCAGUACUCUAACAGUACUGCCAUCAGACAAUACAAAUAGAAGAGUCAAAUCUGUAUUAAGCAGUCACCCUCGGAAAAUGGCUAAGUGACCGCUUAAAACAGGAUGACCGCCUAAGACAGGUUGCAAGAAAUGCAGUUCAAAAAAUUCUAUCUCCAUUGCUGAUCAGAUGAGACAUUUGACCUCAAAUAGAAACAUAAUUCAUUUCCAGCUUUUAGUGAUUUGGGAAAAUAAACAACGAAAUCAAUUUAUUAUUGUUGUACUUCGUAUAUUACAUUAUUUGAAACUGUAUGAGCAACUAAUUCAGGGGCACCCAACGAGAAUAUAGUUCAAAACCACUUAAACAUAGAAUUGUUUAACGUAUUUUAGUAUUUAAACGGUAGAUAUAGGCAUGUUUUUAUCCCCUAAAAAUUUUUCAUCUGUUCGGAUUUCCUAGCUGAAAGUCAAGUGAUCCGAAAAUUAUAGGGAUCAAAACUUACCUUUUCGAAAAUUUUAGCCAGAAAAAAGGCUCCCGAAAAUUGUAGGUGACCUUUUUAGGGUAAAAAUCCGUUAAAAAUAGGCAAUUAUACCAUUUUUUAGAUGUCCGAAAAUCCUAGGAGAGGUAGGCAAGCAAGAAAUUUUACAACAAAUGUUCCGAAAAUUCUAGAUCUCAAAUCGUCUUCCGAACAGAUAUUUUUCCGAAAAUUGUCGUUGGGUGCCCCUGCUAAUUGACACCAUGUGACCGUUUAAUACAGACAAUAGAAAAAGUCCCAUUUGGACUUUGCAAAUGAUGACCACGAACGCUUAAUAUAAGUCGAAAUUACAGUACAUCAAGGGAAGUAAUUUUGGGGACUUUGAAAACUGACCGCUUAAUAGAGGGUGACGACUUUAUACAGUGCCACUUAAUACAGGAUCAACUUUAACUUAAUAAUUAAAUAAUAAUUAUUAUUGGAAACUGAGAGGGUGUCUGGAUAGAUGAAGAAACAUGUUUUCACACAUAUCCUUGACCCUGCUAAAAAUUAAACCUGUUACAGGGUUCCCACAGUCUUGUAAAGUCUUUGAAUUUUAGGGAAGUCUUUGAAAAGACCUUGAAUUCCAUUUUCCCUUGAAAAGUCCUUGUAUGAACCCUGUAACUUAGUUCUUUAGUUAACUGUGUAUGUUGUAUAAUCUACUAACCAAAGGUGUUUUGUUUUUUUCAAGGUGCAGCUUCCACUUACUUUAAGAGCAUCAAAGAUUCCUCAGUAAGAGCAAAAAAAGGAAAGUUGGAGGCUCACACUCUCCUUUGUAGGAGGCAAGGGAGGAUGAGAGAUGUAAGUUUUGGUUUAAAUUUUUUGUGAAAUGAAAGUUGGUUCACACAUUGACAUCUGUAUACAAUAUUGUAGCCCUCCAGUCAAGUUGUUCUUAUAUGAACAUCUUUCAGACCGUCACUAUGUGUCCGUCUUACAGAGAUUCAAAUAAAAGGAGUAAAGAAAGUAGGGACUAAUUCUAGGUGUUUUUAGUGUGGUGUCCAUAAAAAGAGAGUUGACUGUACUCAAAAAUCAGAUCACACUCUUCUUUUUUUUCCUAUGGGCUAAUCUUAUUAUAAACACUGUAAAGCAAGUCCAUGUACAUGAUGAAAAUAAUUCAAUGAAACCAUGUUGUUUCCACGGUUCGUACAAUCUUGAAAAGAUCUUGAAUUUUAGUAGUUGUCUCGAAAUGUCCUUGAAUUUGGUUAAAGUCCUUGAAAUUUACUACCUUGUCUACUCCCGACACAAUUUUCUGUAAAUUUAGAUCAUUUUUUUGCUGAUGGUAUUUAAAGUUGGCUCAUCCUCAGUGUAAGAACCUGUAAAACUCGCAGGUAAAAUAAAAACAUUUUUGUACAUGAAAAAUAUUUUGUUUCUACUUCGUUAUUUUGAAUGCUACUUCUGUAGCUCAUAAAUGAAUCCAUGGCGUGAUAUAGCCAUGCAUGAGGUGUUCCAAAGGGGGUUAAAGAAGGCAGAUUUAUUGAAUAUAUCUUGGUCCUUCAAAACUGUUUUUUGUCCUUAAAAAAUCCUUAAAAACUCCAGACCUUGAAAUUUGUUUGUCUGAAGUUGUGCUAACCAUGCAUUUCUUACAUUAUUUUAUUUUACAAACAGAGGUUUGUUUUAUUUGGGUUCAAUACGGUAUAUUUUUCAGGAUUUCACUGUAUUGGUUUUCUGUAUUGACAGUUGAAUCAUAAGAAUUUGAUAUUUAGUCUUUCAAAUAAACCAUAGGUUACAAGUAGAUUUUGGAUAUCAAAAUAACAUUUCUUUUUAUUGCCAUAGGCAAAGAUUAGUUAUCAUUCUAUUUUUAGAUUACUAUUUGGACUUUUUCUUCAUGAAUUUAUCUUGAAACUUAUACAAUGCUUUGAUUUAAGGCAACGUGAAUGCAUUUUUAUGGUCUCUUUUUGUCUCUUUUCUCUUUGGCUACCUAGAAAGUCCAGAGGAGGCUUUCAAUUCUUGCCAAGAUGCCUUGGUCUACAGAGAAAAAGAUAGAAAUACAAAAAGUCAUUGGUUCAUUGGAAUACACAAGUUCCGACGAAUCAGAUUUGUCAGAAGAUGAGGAUGGGAACGUCAUAGUUUCAGCCUAUUUGGUAAAGAAGUUGCCCUGGGAGAGAAGUGCCCUGACAAAUGUCAAAAGGAAACUGGACAGUUCAUAUAUAAAGAAUCUAACCCGUCAGUCAAGAGCUAACUUUGUGGCAAGAAAACCUCAUCCCAGCUCUUCAACUCGGCGCCCACCAUUUGAAGGUCUGGGAUGGGCAGUGCGACUUCCAUCCACUACAUCCACAUCAAACUCCUCAAGCACUGGUUCCUCUGCACCUCUUACUCCCAGCACUACAACUGGAGCAACGGUCUCCACCAGCAACAGAGCACCAGGGACAGCACCAACAACACCAUCCACCAACAACAGAGUUCCAACAACACCAUCCACCAGUAACAGAGCACUAGGGACAACAUCCACCGGCAAUAGACCACCAGCAAGACCACCCACCACCAACAAAGCACCAGGAACAACACCCACUCCAAGGGCUACCUCCACACCCAGAACAGGCUCCAGUUUAGUUCCAAGGGUUACCACGCCCAGAACAACAUUGGGUAGUAAAAAACUAAAAAAGACAACAAAGGACAAUGUUUCAUCCCCAGAGUAUUGAACAAGACACUUAUCAUUCAGAGACAGAAUUAUCUUAGUCACACAAAACUUUUUUUACUUUUUUAUUUAAAAAUGUUAUCUACACCCUUUAACUCCC